AUGCACCAUUCCCGCCGCAGUGUGCCAUCUGCGGUCGUGGACACUUGGGCCAAUGACGAGCCGGUACUGAUGCUUGGGUGUGAGUCUCAGUCUUCGCCUGGUAGAGGUCGAGGCAAAGGUAGAGGGUCCAGUUCAGGUGGUAACAAGAAUCGUAUCUACGCGCUAGCAGUUUGUGGUCGUCGGACCUCAGCAGACCUAGUUGAGCUAGAGAUAUUGGAUUUUGAUGCUAUCAUGGGCAUGGACUGGGUGGCAGCUUGUUAUGCCACAGUUGAUUGUCGAGCAAAGACAGCCAGAUUUCAUUUUCCUGGUGGACCAGUCCUUGAAUGGGUAGGUUAUACAGCGACACCCAGAGGUAGGUUUAUUUCCUAUCUUAAGGCGAGGAAAAUGAUCGCAAAAUGGUGCAUUUAUCAUAUUGUGCGAGUUAAAGAUGCAGAUGCUGAGAUACCUACACUUCAGUCUAUUCCAAUAGUAAAGGAGUACGCGGAUGUAUUUCCAGAUGAACUUCCAGGUAUUCCUCUAGAGCGAGAGAUUGAUUUUGGCAUCGAUUUGCUUUCGGGAACGCAAUCAAUAUCCAUCCCUCCGUAUAGAAUGGAACCUGCCGAUUUGAAGGGAUUGCAGGAGCAGUUAAAAGAUUUACUGGAGAAAGGUUUCAUCAAACCCAGUACCUUACCUUGGGGUGCACCAGUACUGUUUGUACGGAAGAAAGAUGGAUCGCUGAGGAUGACUGAACAUGAGGAUGAGCAUGUGGACCACCUGCGAGCAAUACUCUAUACCCUCCGUGAUAAUAAAUUAUGUAUAAAGGUAGACACUCAGAAGAUUGAGGCUGUGAAAUCCUGGCCUAGACCUACCACUCCGACAGAGAUUCGUAGCUUUCUAGGCUUAGCAGGAUACUACCAGAGGUUCGUAGAGGGUUUUUGUUCUCUUUCAGCACCAUUAACUAAGCUGACGCAGAAAGCGACUAAGUUUCAGCGGACAAAGUCCUGGAAAGCUAAUGUUGUAGCAGAUGCCUUAAGUCACCAAUCUAUGGGUAGCUUAGUACAUGUAGAGGCCGAAAAAAGACAAUUAACCAGAGAGAUUCAUCAAUUGGCCUGCUUGGGGGUUCGGUUAGUAGACUCUGGCAAUGGAGGAGUUGUACUCCAUAAUACUGCAAAAUUAUCUCUCAUAGUUGAAGUAAAGGAGAGGCAGUACGAGGACCCAGAGUUGGUCGAGUUGAGAGAGCGAGUUCCGCAGUAG